CCAUAAUAGUUUGUAGGUCAAACCGUUCGGACCCUACAGACGUUUUCGCGAGAAGACCGAUUUUCGGGAUGCGUCAAGCGACUAAGGGAUUUCUUAAACGAAACUGGGAGGGACCUACCUUUUACAACUGUUUGGACCUGUUUGGACAAAUUACACCCCGGGACACUGAGACUAAAAUGAGACAGCCGAACCUCCCCCCUGGCGAGGAAACGGAAUCAAUGGACCAGGAAGGAAGGAAUGUCACUUAAACGUUGUUUAGUUUGCUUCACCGACAUAACAAACACAAAUGUCACAUUUGUGGUGAAUUGUGCUAGUUAGAUUAACAUGUAGUCGAUGGAAGUUAUUUCAAACUAGGAUACGUUUUUAGCUAUCCGGCUAAUUUACUAGCGAGCUAAUUCAUUGACGCAUCACAAGCUAGCUAGGCUAACGCGUUAGCCAGAUUGGAAAGGCUGGGACGUCAACAUCACACGGGUGGAAUUUUACGGUAUUUACUCAUUUGGCUCGCCCAGGGAACGUUACGUAUUUGUUUGUGUUAACUAGCUAGUUACUUCAUCUCGUUAUUAACGGUAGUAGUUAAUUACAGUAGCUAGCUAACUUUUAAAAAACUCGAUAAGUCCUGACAGAUAGCUAGUGUUAGCUGCCAGCAUUAGCAGCAAACAAGCUAACAGCCUAACUAGCUAGCCUAGCUACGUGUUCCAUGCCAUGGCAAUGGUUUUGUUUGUUUGGAAACUUUCGUCUGGUUUCAUACCGUUGGUUGUGACAGUGCCAACGAAAUAACGUUAGCUUUGGGUAUUAUUGAGCUAAUCAUGGCUAAAAUAGAGAAUGGUCGCCAGUCGGCCGACUCAAGAAGUAUCAGGACAAUUAGCAGCAGUCAUAUGGACGACGAGAGCUCUCUUGGCUCAGACUCCGAGAUCAACGGCUUUACCAACGACAGGCAUACCGAUAAAUAUGGAUUUAUUGGAGGGGCGCAACAGUAUUCAGAAGAAUCGGCUCAGGACAUCCCUCCAGAGGUGUUGAGGCAGCGAGAGGUCAAGUGGCUGGACAUGCUCAGCAACUGGGACAAAUGGAUGGUCAAAAGACACAAAAAGGUGAGACUGCGGUGUCAGAAAGGGAUUCCUCCCUCACUGCGAGGCCGUGCUUGGCUCUACCUGUCAGGAGGAAAAGUGAAGAGGGAACAGAACCGAGGGAAGUUUGAGGAGCUGGACAGUCUGGCUGGAGACCCGAAGGAGCUGGACGUGAUUGAGAAAGACCUGCACAGACAGUUCCCCUUCCAUGAGAUGUUUGUGUCACGGGGGGGCCACGGGCAGCAGGACCUGUUCCGUGUUCUGAAGGCCUACACGCUGUACAGGCCAGAGGAGGGCUACUGUCAAGCCCAGGCUCCCAUUGCUGCUGUGCUGCUCAUGCACAUGCCUGCUGAGGAUGCGUUCUGGGGGCUGGUCCAAAUUUGUGAGAAGUACCUUCCUGGAUACUACAGUGCAGGGCUGGAGGCCAUCCAGUUAGAUGGAGAAAUCCUGUAUGCCUUGACUCGGCGCGUCUCCCCACUAGCCUACCGCCACCUGGAGAAACACAAGAUGGAGCCCAUCCUCUACAUGACAGAGUGGUUCAUGUGUGCCUUCUCCCGCACCCUGCCCUGGGCCUCAGUGCUCCGCGUCUGGGACAUGUUCCUCUGUGACGGUGUGAAGAUCAUCUUCCGGGUGGGCCUGGUGCUGCUGAAGUGCAUGCUGGGUACCCGUGAGAAGCUGAAGGCGUGUCAGGGCCAGUAUGAGACCAUGGAGCUGCUGAGGGCCAUAGAGCCACGCUACAUGCAGGAGGGCUUCCUAGUCAGAGAGGUUCUGGAGGUGCCUGUGUCAGAGCGGGACGUUGAAAGGGAGCACCAUGUUCAGCUGAAGCGCUGGAGGAAGAACCAUGGUGAGCUUCACUGCAAGUCCCCUCCCAGAAUGCAUGGUGCCAGGGCUAUCAUGGCCUCGGAGCCUCCCAGUCGCCAGGACCUGCGUCAGAACCCCACCAUCAUCGUAGAGUCGCCCCUGCCUCCCCCUCAGCCCACACCUCAGCUGAAGAAGGGAGAGAAGAAGAGCAAGAAGGAAGGAAGUAUGAAGAAAGCCCCUCCUGUCAUGGAGAUCCCCAACCCUUAUCCUUUACCCGGUGACCCUCAGCUUCCACUGAGAUAUCCUCUGCCUCAGCUUCCACUGAGAUAUCCUCUGCCUCAGCCUACUCUGAGAGACUCAACAGUACAGCAGCCCCUCGUCAAUGACACACCCCUCCCAAACACACCUGAAGAAUCUCCACCGCCUCACCAACCUCCCCUUAACGACCAACCUCCCCUUAACGACCAACCUCCCCUUAACGACCAACCACCCCUUAACGACCAACCACCCCUUAACGACCAACCACCCCUUAACGACCAACCACCCCUUAACGACCAACCACCCCUUAACGACCAACCAUCCCUUAACGACCAGUCUCUUCUAACAGUGUCGCCUCUCCAGAAGUCCACACAGAGCCUGAGUAGCACAGAGGCAGAUCAGGACACAUACCUGUAGCUCUUGCUUUGGACAGAGGGUGGAACUGCAUGUCUGAAACUGGGCAUGAUGGGAACAAGGUAGAGGAGGAGUGAAUAGUGAAAGAUGAACUGGAACAGUCCCUGUGUUAUCUUGGACAUGACUCACUUCCACAGUGUGAGUCUAAAGCUGAUGCCACCCAGACACAAAAAGUCCUUGCUCUGCCCCAGGCCAGGCAUAUGUGCCCCCUGACCUCUGUGGGAGAUUCCAAGGUGGCUCUACUGAGGAUGUUCCAGUUGUCAUUGGGAUGUUCUAAAUUGCAUACUCCUUGCGUCCUCUCUCCUUGUCUCCUUCUAAAAACCCAUUGAAUUUCUGAGAAGGAGCUGAGGAGCGAGGGCACGAGGAGUAUGCCAUUGAGAUCUUCCAAUUCACUCACUCACUUUAGGCCCUCUGUAUGCCAACCAAGCCCUCUGUCUCUUUACCAGGCACUAGCACAGCUCAGCCAUAAACCAGCAACUGGGUGUAUCAUGGCCAAUGGCACUGCUGCCCAACCAUGAGCGGCAAUUGUAUAUUUUCCUAUUGAUUUUUAUUCUGCUUGCUUUAAAGACACCGAAUUGCCUAGACCGCACAGUCAGCAGCAUACACUAAUGCAUCACUUCUAAGUGUUCUACUACUUUAAUCCUUAUGUUACCUCUUCAUUAUUCUUCACUCUGACUAUUAGUGUUGUGAAAGGGAGACAUGUUACUGAUAGUGUAGUUAUUGUAUAUAUGAUGCAUUCCUUUUAGACAUGUCAAAGAUCACCCAAUAGAGUACCAUGUUCUAGGGUUUAACAAGAGGCUUGAUUUACUCAACCUGCCUUCAUUUGUGCAAAAUGCAAGUUUAUUUCUAAAAUAUUCAUUAAAAUCUCCAAAUCACCUGUGGUGUGUAGGAAAUAGGAAUGCUUAAGAAAGAGAUGGGUAAAUAUUGUUUAAAGUCCCAGUUGGCCUUGGUGAUAAGCAAAGAGCCCUUCCAUUCUUCACUACCAGAGAGCAGCCUUGGUAUGUGCUUCCAGCUGUUACAUUCCCCUUCCUAAAAAGGAACGCACAGCAAUCCUGUCUCGAAUUUACAAUAUGAGCACAUUCAUUCCCUAUCAAUUCUGUUCAAAGGAACUUCAUUAGUAUGCAAGCAUGUUUUACUUUACAGUAAAAUGUGACAUGACGUGUGCAUAAAUCCUGUGUGACUGUAUUCUCCUAGCCAGGUGGUAAUGGGCCUAAUGUCUUGAGAACAGACACAUCCUCACUGUGCCAGGCAAUUCCAGUCCCUAUGUAGCGUUUAACUCAUGUAAGAUAAGCAAAAGGGAGAGAGGACUGGACAUUCCUCACAAUAUGACACAUUCCUGCCCUUGGGUUCCUUAAAAGCCAAUUAGUCUUGUGGCCGACAUGCAUAGUCUUCUCUGUAUCAUGUAUGUAUUCAUGCAUGUUCAUAUUUUUUACACUUUAUGGGGGGACUGUGUGAGUGCCAUAGCAGUUAGCUGUGAAGUGUUGACCUCUGCUCCUUACCACAGGUGCGCUGGGUGAUAUGGACCUGGCAGGCUAGAUACUGUAGCUCUGUGGUAUUGGAAAGACAUUAAUCACCUUAUUGCUACGCUGAGUGACAGAUACAGAUGGAGCAAAGAUGCUGAUGAAAACAAAGCUGUGAUUAGAAUCAUCAGAGUGAUCCACUACCUCUUACUGGAUGCUUAGUUGUCUCAACGCCAUCGUUGCAGACAGGCAAAGAGGGUUUCUGUACAUGGUGAUCGAGACCUUACUUUUGGGACAUUUUGAAUCUUCAUGUUUUGGGAUAACAUUGAAGCAUUUCCAUUUUUAAAUCUGUUUUAUUAAUUUGGGAACAUCGUGAGGCAGUGACCACAACCUUUUUGGUGAAUUCAGUUUAGAGGGAUCUUAAGGUUUGCAAUCAGAGGUGUUAAGUUUAAAUAUACUGUUCACGGAACUAUGGGAAAUAAUUCAGUAGGGAUUAAGAUGUGCAUAACUCAAUGCACAACAAGUAUUAUUACACAUAAUUCCACUGAAUCCUACAAGUUUCUAUUAUAAGUCACCUCUAAACCCUCAAUAAAAAGCAAUAAAAGUUGAAUGGAGGGCAAGUAAAAAACAGCAAACAUAGCCUUUCUCCACCUAAGUGCAUAGUGGCCUGAAUCACAUACUUCCCAGUUUGCAGGUAUUCUAGUUGAACUUGAUGCUUAAAAUGUGUAUAUAAGACAAAUUUGUAAAGUAACAAUGUCAUUUUGUAACAAACAUUUAUUUUUUCAAUUGUUUCCAUACUACAUAUAUUUUAUUUAACAAGAACAAUAAUCAAAAUCCACCAUUUGCCAUAAAUAAACCUAACUGAAUCUAUUUUACCUAGACACUUUUGACACUAGUUUUAGUUUGAAAAGCAAACACAAAAUAAAUGCUUUCUUCCCUAGAAAUAUCCAAUGUCUUCUCAGCAUAAUGCUUAUUUUAAUUUUGUUCUUCUGAAGAGACCUCUGUUAUUUCUGUCGACCAUCAGUAAAUAUAUCAUAUAUUCUGUAUUUCUCCAAGAAGUGGUUACAUAUUGUUGUUUUUACAAAUAAAAUCACUUUGCUCAACACCA